AUGGAAGGCAGCGGGGUUUAUAAUACUGCAACUAGCAAAUCGUUCCUCGUAGACGUAAAUAUCAAUUAGGACUACUUAGAGCCAAAGUUUGGCAGGAAAAGAUUUGACGUCCAUAAGAAUAUGCAAAGCCAUCAUGUUGCCUAUAACCGAAAAGGGAUGGUCACAGAUGUGCAGGUUAGAAAAGAUAGUGGGAAUUAUGACUAUCCAGCUGCAAGCUAUUUUAAGCAGCCAGAAAUUAUUACUCAGUCCCCUCAGUCCCCCUCUUUAAAUUGGAACAAAAUAUUGGUAAAGUUUCCGUUUUUUUGGUAAACUAACCCUCCUUUAAAUUGGAACAAAAUUCAAUUUUAUAUUAAAACAUUUUAUAGAUAAAAAUCAUAAUUUUUAUGUAAAAAGUUUUGGUAUAAGUUAAUGUUUCUUUUAACUAAAUUUAAAAUUUAGUUAUAUCUUGCUCUUUUUUAAAGAACAGAGUAUAAAGAGCAUCUUAUUUAAUUAAAUUUUAUUAUCCUUAAUUGCUAAAUUUUUAAAGAAUUAAAAAUGUUUAGAAAAAAUUUUAAUUAAAUAACUUUGAUAUAAAAAUUGAAAAUUUAUUUAUUUCUUGCUUUAUUUUAAAGAAUAGAGUAUUAAUAGCAUCUUAUUUAAACAAAUUAGCACUUUAAUCAAUAAUUUUUUUUUAAAAAUUUGUUUUUAUUAAUCAAUAAAAAUAAUAAUAUUUGGUAGAUAGUUUUUUGAUAUCAUUUAAUAUUGGCGUAUUAACUAAUAAUAAAAAAAUUUAGUUAUAUCCUACUUUUUUUAAAGGAUAAAGAGUAAAUAGCAUUGUAUUAAACAGAUUUAUUAAUCUAAUUCGAUAAAUUUUUGAAAUUUUUAUAUAAUUUUUUUUUUUAUAAAAAUAUUUUCUUAGCCCCUUUAAUUGAAACAAAAUUUUUUGUUCCAAUUUAAAGCAGGGAGUUAGAAAAACGUUUCCAGUAACCAAAACCAGUCGCAGACAUACCAAGAAAAACUGCUGCAAUCAUAUCAAAGAAAAGUAGGGAAUAAUCCUUGAGAAAACCCAGCAGAAAACAGAGCCUAUUAUGACGAGCCAAAAUUCCAGCAAAUAAACAGCCAGGAAUAUGAAAAUGUCCCUCAAGAGGUACAAAAACAGCCAGAGAACGGCCAGGAUUAUAAUGAGCUUGACGCUUUAUAUAACCAAGAAAUCGAGUUAUUAAAAGAGCAGCUAAAACAAAAAGAAAAUCAGCUGAAAUUAUAUCAAAAUCCAGCAGAAACAACUCCAUUAGCUAAUGAAAAUAUCCCAAAAGAAAUUCCGAAUGAGCCUUAUCAGCCCCAAUAUACAGAAAACAAAAGAUCCAGCUCAGAAAUCAGCUUCCAAAUGAGUGCGAGGGACCAGAAGCGACAAUUAGAAGCCAUGGCGCGGCAAAAAGAAAUAGAAAAUAGACUUGAAAAUUUAAGGAAACUCAGAGAAGUGGAGUACUUUGAAAGGCUGGAAAAAGAGAGAAAAGCGAAAGAGUAUAAGGAAAAUUUAGAAAUUCAGGAAAUGCUGAAACACCAAAUAAGCCAGAAAAACGAUUUAUACCUAAUAAAUUAUAAGAAAUUAUUAUGGUCUAUGUAAAAUUUAUGUAUAAUUUACCUUAAUUCAGAAUAUAUUCAAAUCGUAAUUUGAGCUCAUCCUUAUCCCCCGCAUAUUCUCAGACAAAUAUUCCAAGUGAUAACGUCCAAAAAGCAAUUUAUGAAGCAGAGUCAAUGUAUUCUACUUCAUUUCCUAGAUAUACCAAAAAAAGCCCAAAGCCUUAUAUAUUUAACCCGAUUACUGGACUAUUAAAAGAUACGUCAAAAUACGUCCCAGAGUUCUUGUCUCCGAUACUUCAGCAGUCCCCAGCUAUGUAUGCAUCAGCAUUUAACUCCCAGUCCAGACUUGCCCCAGAGCUAGCAAGCUCCUAUGUUAAAACUAACGAAGCAACCCCUAAUCAAGGCCCAAGUCCUGAUACAAGCCUAGCUUAUAAGCCAGACUAUCGAGAGAGAAAUGACGAAAGGAUAAGAUCGUUAAGCCAAAAUGAGAAAAACUUGGCUGACUAUGGCAGCAUGAUCAUGCAAGGGAAAUAUGGUAGAUAA